UUUAUAAUUUAAUUUAUAAAUUUAAAUAGUUUCGGUAAUAAAAAUAUUAUUUAAAAAUAACUUAACUUCGUAUUAUUUUAGUUGGUUUAAUCCAAAUAAGUGUUUUAAGUAAUUGUACAGUACGCUAGUAUCGCAUGAAAUAAAUAGAAGUUUCGAUGUGCGACAAUUUUGGAGGUUUCGAGAGGUGACUGCCGAGGGUAACUUGUCCAAAACGUAGUCUUAUAGAAAACAAUAGUAUUCCAAAACGUGCUAAAAUGAAUGACGAACAAACAGCUAUUGAAGUUCCACAAGCAAUGGAGCUCUCAUCAAAUGACAUUGAAAAAUUGGAAGAGGCUAAAUUGAAGGCUAAGUUUCCUGUUACUGCUGGCCAUCCGAUCAGUGGACAUUCAGCUUUCUUGCAAAAAAGAUUAGCAAAAGGACAAAAAUUUUUUGAUUCGGGUGAUUAUCAAAUGGCAAAACAAAAAUCAACUGCAAAACCUAAACCAAUUGGAGUUUUGCCUACUGGUGAUGCUAUUCCAACUCCAGAAACCGUACCCCAACGUAAAACAUCGAUUAUACAGCAGAAGUUUAACACAUCAAGUAGUUCGUAAGAAUUUUUUUUUGCUAUGACUAUAUUGGUUAUAAAAUCAUUCAUUAACAGCCAUUUAAAUUAAAUAAUAUUUAAAAAUGUCUGAUUAUAAAAAUAAUUGGUAACUCAAAACAAUUCCAUGUAAAUUUUAUUAUUAAUAUAAAGUAUUGGUUUUACACUUGUCUAAUAGUAAAAUUAUAGUCAAAAUGAUUCCAUACUUUGUUAAACGUUUUAUUGUAUAAAUUAAACCUAAAGUCAAAUUAUAUUUACCAUUUUUUGCGUUAAUAGUUUGUUUAAAUGUACAAUAGACUUUUAAAAAGUUAUUCAAAGUAAAUAGUAUAUGAAUAUUUUUUAGCAUCAGUAAAACGCUGAAAUAGAUAGAAUUGGAAGUUAAAAGAAAAUUUAUUUUUUCAAAUAAACCCUCGUAUUAUAAAUGUAUAAAUAAUAAAUAAUUUAAACAUACUUGUUACAAAUACACAAUACUUAAAUAAUUAAUUAUAUACAAAUAUACUAUGAACGCAAAAAUAAAUUAAACAUCUCGGUAGAUUUGCAUUUUUUUGAGCUGCUGUGAUGUGCUUAGUAAGACUAUUUCAUAAGAAUCCAGAUUUGUGUUAAAAAUCUGAGAUUAAUAAAAAUACUUGGAAUAUUGUAGAUUUUCACGUGUUGUAAUCACUAAUGUAAACGUAAUAUAUUCAAUAAAUUAAAGCAUUUCUUAUUUA